CUGGAAGACUCCGGUAUAAAACAUCCGCUGCUCACAGCCGCACCACUGUUGCCUCCGUGUUGUCAUUUUCAACAGCAGCCUUGAGCGGGGAUCUUUAACAUUCCACCAUGUGCAAAGGACUUGCAACACUUCCUGCAUCCUGCCUGAAAGGAGCCAAAGACAUCAAGCACAAAAUAAGCUUCCUACUCCAGAAGCCUGAACCCCAAGCGGCGCAUCCCUCUGCUGCUGCCAAGAGGGUUCCUAAUCCAGCUGAGGUGGAGAAAUGGAAGGAGUCUUUCAGCAACGUGAUGAGCAGUGACAGUGGCCGUACGGUGUUCACCAACUUCCUGAAGUCAGAGUUCAGCGAGGAGAACAUCAAUUUCUGGAUCGCCUGCCAGGAGUACAAAAAGACUGCGCCUUCCAAGCUGCCCUCCAGAGCAAAGCAGAUCUACCAGCAAUAUGUGAAGGCAGAUGCUCCGAAUGAGGUAAACUUGGAUGGUGAGACCAGGGAGGAAACCAGGCAGAACGUGGAGAAUCCAUGCCCUGCUUGUUUCGACAAAGCUCAAAAGGCCAUCUACACCUUGAUGGAGAAAGACUCCUACAGGCGGUUUCUCAAGUCCAAACUGAUGCAGGAUCUGUGUCAGAAACACGGCAACGCUGCUCAGGAGACCAAAGAGAAGAAAAGCUUGGGCUGUGCUGACAACAGGAAGGUGUUAACUGGUGGCGCCUAGACGGGAAGGAAGAGGAGGAGGACUUGGAGCAGGUGCCAGAGACUGACAGCUGGUGUGAGGGGACACGCUGCAUGUCCAUUGCUUGUAGAUUAGGAAAUAAAUUGGUUUGGAAAUUGACUUAUACGAGUCUAUGUGGGAUGAUUUACUUUUCUGGUAAUUCCUACUGUGAAUACUUUAGUAUUUACCAUUUCUUUAUUUACUCUUCGCUGUCAUGUAUUUUUUUCUAAAUGAGAGGGGUUGAUACGACCAAACUGAAUGUUCAGUAUCUCCAUAUACAAAGACUGUAGAUGUAAUCUGCUUUCUAAGAUUAUAUGGACAGAAUAUAAAACAAUCUACAUCUACCUCCACACAACAAUCACUUAUUUACCGUUCAGACAAUGUUAUUUACUAAAGUCUUUAAUGAAAGACCAAACUUCAUUGCUGAAUAAUUGAUAAGAAGCUGUAAUGGCCCGUCAGUAUUAAAAUGUUUCACACAUUCUUAUGUACAUUUGCUGCAACGCAGUUCAAGACAUAACAGGAAGCCCGCUGGUCCAGUGCAGUGAAGCUCAUGUGAAUUAUGUUUAUUUUUCCCUGAACUACAUAAACUGAGCCAUCACAUGCAUGUAUAUUUUUGUUACAGUUUGAUCAUGCUGCAGGAACAUGGUUGAUUCCCGUCAUACUGGCGCGCGGGCUGGCGAUGCAGUGAAGUGCCCAUUAAAUUCAGUCACUAUCACGUUCAUACAGUGUCCGACAGCUGGUCGCUCUACCUUGGCUUUAAGCGAGUGAGUUGUUCUAAAAGCUGUGCGCAUCCCAGUUGAAUCUCAGUGGUAACAUCUGGCUUUGCUGCAUGAACAUCAUCACUGCACUCUGAAAAUGUUAGUUUACUUCAAAUGGGGAGUUUACGCUAGCAUGAACAUUAGUAGUAGACCGUAGUGAUUUUCUGCUGCAUGGGUGAGAAGAGUAACUGUAACUCUUUUCAUCACGUGUUCCCCUGUAACUGAAUGUUUGUCGUAACUUGUCCAGGGUUCUCAAUAUUGUGAAACAAAUUAACUGGAAAUAUUUGCAUACUACAAUGUAUUAUGAUGGAUGGAAAACUAUUUCAUAAGUAAAAUCUUUGUGCUAUAUAUGUCUUAUCUGUGACUGUUCAUAAAUAAAGUUAUAA